AUGUCCACAAAUCACCCCCGCAGCGAGUUCUUCACUUUCCAAAAACUUACGCAAACCACAUACCUCACAAAACACAUCCCCACAUCAACUCUCUACAUCGAAAAACGUACCCUCCCUACCCAAUCCACUUCCCCCUCUAUUCUUCGCGAAAUCGCCGCCCUAACCCGCCUCAAAAACCACCCACACAUAAUCUCGCUCUUCGCCUACAUCUCCACGGACCCCUACACAUCCCUCUACCUCCAACACUGCCCUCUCGGCAGCCUAGACAAUUUCAUAAAAAACGGCAUCGUCCUCCCAGAUGAAGGCUUUCUCUGGAAGAUCUUCUGGGAUCUAGCCCUCGCCGUGUGUUUUCUCACAACAGGAUAUGGAUACGAGGAGACGAGGCUGCUGGCGCUGGGAGGGAGUGUGGUAGAGGGGAAGAAGGGGGGCUGGGAGAAGUGGUACGGUUGA